CUCGCUCUUGCCCAAAAAUCCCAAACAAACCGUGAGUCCGUGAGAGAGAUGGAUAAGAAAGACGGACAAAUAAAAGUAUUUUAUUUUCCCAUUCUCUCUAAUUUCUAAUAAGGACGAAAUUUCAAACGGCAUGGUCACCUCCCUUGUCCCAACCGCUGCACGCCCAAUUGAUUUUGUAUUUGUUUCCUGUUUUCGUCUUUCAAAAAUUUGAAUAGCUGAGACAGAAUCCUAUUUCUUUUUUUUUUUAAUUGUAAUUAAUAAGAUCAAAGUUCCUCCAGCGAGCGUUAGCAAUUAGCAUUCUUCCUGAUUAUCUCCGUGCGUGCGAAUUUGCUUGUGGCUUCCCCACUCUUCCUAGUUCCUACGUCCCAUCGAUAAGAAUAAGACAUCCAACUUAUUUUACUGCAAUCCCAGUUCCGAUCGUGGUCAUCGAGCUCCGUCCUCAGCUCGUCUGCGUGCUUGCUUCUCCGGCCGACCCAGUGGUAGUGGUGCAUAGGCGAAGUGGAAAACCAAAGUCAAUUGUUGUAACGACGGGGAGAAUUAUAGUGCUUCUUGUGUCACAGGUUCCAAUUUCCAGAUUAUUUUCAAAUUCAAGUAUCUCUAUGUACCUCAGAUUGUGAGUUAAUGAAGACAUCAGCAGAUGAUUUUUGGUGAUAAAAAAUGGGGCUACUGUUGUUGUCAUUUUGGCCUCAGUUCUUUUGUUUUGGGCUACUCUACUCUGGCAGUUCUAACUUUGGGUGGUCUUGGAGAUCCCAAUGGUGGAACUGUAAAAUUCUAGGUGCUGACACACUUGGUAUUUAGAGGUCUACAGAGUAAAUAUGCAUGUGCAGGCUCCAAUGUCGGGACAGGUCUCAGGGCAGGUACCUAGUCAAGCCGGUUCCCAGUUGCCUGCCCUAUCCCAGCAGAAUGGAAAUUCUCUGCCUUCUCAAUUACAAAAUCUAGGUGGUCUUCAUAGUUCUUUAAUUAUGGAUCAUGAGUUUCGUGAGGUGCGCAAACAGAUGCUAGAAAGAAUCUACCAUCUUCUCCUGCGGCAAGCACAAGCAAAUCAAGAAAUGCAGCCAAAGAUACCAGGUAUUGCAAGACGCUUGGAAGAGCUUCUUUGCAGGGACGCUGCUUCAAAGGAGGAGUAUAUGAACUUGGAUACUUUGGAGCUCCGCUUGCAUUCUUUGAUAAAACGUGCACCUGCAAAUAAGCACAACCAACAAAUGUCAUCUUCUCCAUCUAUUGGCAUGAUGAUACCAACCCCCGGGAUGCCACAAAGUGGAAACUCAAACCCAACAGUUACCUCCUCUAUAAACAUUUCAGUGGUUGCUGGUAGUGCUUGUGGUACCAUAACACCAAACACUGUUAACUCAAGCAGUUUGCUGCCCUCCACCAAUGGGUCAUCAGGAUCCCUACCUAAUGGAUAUCAGCAAUCGUCUGCAAAUGUCCCCAUUGGAUCUGGUGGAAAUAAUAUGAUUUCAUCAAUGGGUGUGCAAAGAAUAGCAAGUCAAAUGAUUCCUACACCUGGAUUAGUUAGUAACCAGUCUAACAUGAAUUCUGAAUCUUGUAAUAAUGUUGGAGGAUUUUCCAGUGUUGAAGCUACUAUAGUCUCACAGCAACAUCAGCAGCCAAAACAGUACAUUGGUGGUCAAAACAGAAGUGUUUUGCACAACUUUGGAGGGCAAAUGAGCACUAAUAUGAGAUCUAGCUUGCAGCCAAAGCCAUCCUCUUAUCCAUUUUCAAAUGGAGCUCUAAAUGGCGGGAUGGGGUUGGUGGGGAACAAUAUACAACUCAUCAAUGGGCCUGCAGCUUCUGAAGGCUAUCUGACUGCCUCUUCCUAUGCAUUGUCUCAGCAAAUGAAUCCUUCAGGAAGUGAUGGAUAUGGGAUUAGCGCUGCUGAUCUAUCUGGGCCAGGAAACCUUUAUGGACCUACAACAUCUGUUGCACCUAUGAUUAAUAACCAAAAUAUUAACACCGUGACCUUGCAGUGUAAGUCAAAAACCAACUCUCCCUUGAUAGCCAAUCAAACAAACUUGCAGGCUAUACAACAAACACCAUAUAUAAAGGUCCAAACUACUGAUCAGUCACCAAAGAUGAAUUUUCAAUCUUCCAAUUUGAACCGAGAGCAUUUGUCACAGCAACAACUGCAAAAGCUUCAAUCACAGCCUCUUCAGUUUCAACAGCAACAAUUCCUUCAACAUCAACAUCAACAAAAGCAACAAAGUCAGCAGCACCUGAACCUUUUAUCAAAGAAUGAUGUGUUCAGGCAGCCUCAACUGUCAUCCAGUCUAGGUGGUCAAGCAAUGCCUGAGCAUGUAAUGGAAUCUCAUAAUGAAGUUCUGCACUCACAAGUUCCUGAACAGUUCCAACUUAGUGAUUUGCAGGAUCAGUUCCAGCAGAGUGCUUCUGAAGACCAUUCCAGAUGCACUCAGUUGGUCUCUCAUCCUUCUGGGCCAGCAGAUUUUUAUCUAUCAGUGUCAAAUAAUUCAAAGCAAAUGCCACAAAUAAUGCAUCCACACCAGCAAGUUGCAGAUUUACACAGUGAUUUUAGUUGCAUCUCUUCUGGAGUGCACUCUGAACCACUACCCCAGGGGCAAUUGCAUUCUGAAAAACAGAAGUCCCACAUCCCAGACCAGUCAUGUCAUGAGCAGCGUGUGAAGGAGUUUUGUCAAGGUGUAACAGGGCAAGAUGAAGCUCAGAAGCCUCAUCUAUCAUCAGAAGGUUCAAUAUCAGGUCAAGGUUCUCUUUCGAAGGGUUCUGCAGUGUGUUUUGCUUCAAGAGGUUCAGCGUGUAGACCUGGAAAUGUGACACUUGAACGACAGUGGUUGAAUCAACAGAGGUGGUUGCUAUUCUUGUGGCAUGCUCGUGGAUGUUCAGCUCCAGAAGGAAAAUGUCAAGCAGUUCAUUGCAUAACUGCACAAAAGUUGUGGAGGCAUAUGGUGAGGUGCACUGUACAUCAAUGUCCAUAUCCUCGUUGCCAUGUGACGAAGGGAUUGGUUCAACAUUACAGAAGCUGCAAGGGAUCAGAAUGUCCUGUUUGUGUUCCUGUCAACAAUUAUUUAAGAUCACACAAGGCACGGGCUCGUUCUUUUUCAGAAACUAGCUUAUCAAAUCAGAUUAGUGGAUCUUGGAAAUCUUUUGAAACUUCAGAUGUUUCUAGAUUGACUUCAAAGUCUAGUCCAUCGACUGGUGAAAUUUCAGAAGAUUUGCAGUCAUCAAUGAAACGAAUCAAGAUGGAGCACCAUUCCCCAUCUGUUAUGCCCAAGGGUGAAGGUUCUCCUGUAUCAGUGUUUCCAAUGAGCCAACAGCAUGUUUCACAGGAUGCCAAACCCACCAUUUGCCAACAGGUUGAUGUUUCUAUGCCUGUUAAGUGUGAGGUUAUGGAAGUAAAGAUGGAACCAUCUUUAAGUUCUGUUGGAGGUGGUUCUCCUAAUUUAAGUGAGAAAAAGGAAAAUACUUUUGAUGCUUGCUACACUAUGAAGCCUGAGGUUGAGCUUGUUAUUCCUAACGAGUCUGUUGGUGUUUCUAAGAUGGAUAGCAUGAAAGUUGAAAAAAAGAUCGAUCAAGCUAAGCAAGAAAUGAAGCAGGAAUCUGUCAUGAUACCUUCUGAAAAUGUUUCUGGAACUAAAUCAGGGAAGCCAAAAAUAAAGGGUGUCUCAUUGACUGAACUGUUCACUCCUGAGCAGAUUCGGGAACAUAUUAGAGGUCUCAGGCAGUGGGUUGGCCAGAGUAAAUCAAAGGCUGAAAAAAACCAAGCAAUGGAACACUCAAUGAGUGAGAACUCCUGUCAGUUGUGUGCAGUGGAGAAGCUUACUUUUGAACCUCCACCUAUAUACUGUACCCCUUGCGGUGCUCGCAUCAAAAGGAAUGCAAUGUAUUAUACCGUGGGAACUGGUGAUACACGGCACUACUUCUGUAUUCCCUGCUACAAUGAGGCCCGUAGUGACACUAUUGAGGUUGAUGGGACUGCUAUUUUGAAGUCAAGGAUGGAGAAGAAAAGAAAUGAUGAGGAAACUGAAGAAUGGUGGGUUCAAUGUGAUAAAUGUGAAGCAUGGCAACACCAAAUAUGUGCCCUUUUUAAUGGUCGAAGGAAUGAUGGAGGGCAAGCUGAAUACACUUGUCCUAAUUGCUACAUAGGAGAGAUUGAAAGAGGAGAACGUAAGCCCUUACCUCAGAGUGCUGUUCUUGGUGCAAAAGACCUGCCUAGAACAAUACUUAGUGACCACAUAGAGCAACGACUUUUUAGGCAACUGAAGCAGGAGAGACAAGAAAGAGCAAGACUUUUAGGGAAGAAUUUUGAUGAGGUUCCAGGAGCUGAAGCUCUUGUAAUCAGAGUUGUAUCAUCUGUCGACAAAAAAUUGGAAGUGAAACAGCGCUUUUUAGAGAUUUUCCAAGAAGAGAAUUAUCCAACAGAAUUUCCAUAUAAAUCGAAGGCAAUUCUAUUGUUUCAGAAGAUUGAAGGUGUGGAAGUAUGCCUUUUUGGCAUGUAUGUUCAAGAAUUUGGUUCAGAAUGCGCGUUCCCAAAUCAGCGCCGUGUGUAUCUCUCAUAUCUUGAUUCUGUAAAGUACUUCAGGCCUGAGAUCAAAACAGUUACUGGAGAGGCUCUUCGCACUUUUGUUUAUCAUGAAAUUCUUAUUGGAUAUCUUGAGUAUUGCAAGAAACGGGGUUUCACAAGUUGCUACAUAUGGGCUUGCCCUCCACUAAAGGGGGAAGACUAUAUUUUAUAUUGCCAUCCUGAAAUCCAGAAAACACCAAAAUCUGAUAAACUUAGGGAGUGGUAUUUGUCGAUGUUAAGGAAAGCAGCUAAGGAAAACAUUGUGGUUGAUGUAAUUAAUUUAUAUGACCAUUUCUUUGUAUCCUCUGGGGAAUGUAAGGCUAAAGUAACUGCAGCUCGUCUGCCAUAUUUUGAUGGUGACUACUGGCCUGGUGCUGCAGAGGAUAUGAUCAAUCUGCUUCGUCAGGAAGAAGAUGGAAGAAAGCAACAGAAGAAAGGAAAAACCAAGAAGACUAUAACAAAAAGGGCUUUAAAAGCUGCUGGUCAAACUGAUCUCUCUGGCAAUGCCUCCAAGGAUGUUCUACUAAUGCAGAAGCUUGGAGAAACUAUCUCUCCAAUGAAGGAAGAUUUCAUCAUGGUACAUUUGCAGCAUGCGUGCACUCAUUGUUGUCAUCUAAUGGUAUCUGGAAAUCGCUGGAUUUGCAACCAAUGCAAAAAUUUUCAACUUUGUGAUAGGUGUCAUGAUGCAGAACAAAAACUUGAAGAAAGGGAGAGACAUCCUAUUAAUAGCAGAGAGAAGCAUGCAUUGUAUCCAGUUGAAAUUAAUGAUGUACCUGGAGAUACCAAGGAUAAAGAUGAAAUUCUUGAGAGUGAAUUCUUUGACACUAGGCAGGCAUUUCUGAGUCUUUGUCAAGGAAACCAUUAUCAAUAUGAUACUUUACGGCGGGCUAAGCAUUCUUCUAUGAUGGUCCUAUAUCAUCUUCAUAAUCCAACUGCACCUGCUUUUGUGACUACAUGCAACAUCUGCCAUCAUGACAUUGAGGCCGGUCAAGGUUGGCGCUGUGAAAUCUGUCCUGAUUAUGAUGUAUGCAAUAAUUGUUAUCAAAAGGAUGGAGGCGUGGAGCAUCCUCAUAAGUUAACUAAUCAUCCAUCAAUGGCUGAUCGUGAUGCACAGAACAAGGAGGCUCGGCAGAAACGAGUUUUGCAGCUUAGGAAAAUGCUUGAUCUUCUGGUACAUGCUUCUCAAUGUCGCUCCCCUCACUGCCAGUACCCAAAUUGCCGCAAGGUUAAGGGUCUCUUCCGCCAUGGGAUACAAUGCAAAACUCGUGCUUCUGGAGGUUGUCUUCUCUGUAAGAAAAUGUGGUAUCUUCUCCAACUGCAUGCACGUGCCUGCAAAGAAUCAGAAUGCCAUGUGCCACGUUGCAGGGAUUUGAGAGAGCAUUUAAGAAGGCUGCAGCAGCAGUCUGAUUCACGGAGGAGGGCCGCAGUGAUGGAGAUGAUGAGACAGCGAGCUGCUGAGGUUGCAGGGAACACUGGAUAACCAGUUUGUACAUAUGGUUAGGCGUCUAAGAGAAUUUUGAGAGCAAAAAAGGGAGCUUAUUGCCUUCAAGUCACUCAAUGGAAGAGCUGUUUGGAGACAACAGCAGUUGAACACAGGCGGAAGGUGUGCAGUACUAUAUGGGAUGGUUGGUAGGACUUGCCAAAAGCUUGGAGCCUAUUGAUUUAUCACAUGCAUGAGAGGGUGCCCUGUUUGUCUGCAUUCUUGUAAUGAUGGGCAGCCAAGUUUAUUGACCGGAGUUGCCCUCUUCAACUGCUAACCAUUUUUCUUCCAACCUGCUAGUUGGGAGCCAGAAUAUUCAUCUGUCUUGGGCUCCACUGGGGUUAUUCUUUGAUUUAUCCUCUCUAUUCCGUUUCAUCCCUGGAUAAAGUGGCGGUGUACUAUAAAUUACAAGUGUUCUUAUUUCUCAGAAGAAAAAAAAAUCUUCCUUAAGGGGAAUUUGUGAGGUCAGCCCUUUUUUGUUUUAGGUUUCAUCUUUUUUUUUUUUUUUCUUUUACCACCCCUUCACGGUGGUGCUGAGGACAGCAUAUGCAUUUGGUUUUGCUGUCCAUUUUUUGUAGAAUGGCUUUCUUAUUUAAAGAUGUAAAAAAUAAAAUUGUCAACUACAGUUUAAUUAUCAUGUCUCAGGAACGAGCGUAAGGUGCCAUUUUCUUCCUAGUAUCAUCAAUAAAGGUUACUCCUGAGACUAUAAAGACCUUCCCGAUGUAUUUUGGCCAAUUUGGUUUUCCAUUUUCUGUUAUUUAAGCAUUGCUGUGGUUGUACAAGUCCAAAUAUUCUAAGUAUCAGAUUCGGAACAUAUUGGAAAGGCAAGUUUACUGGA